AGCCGGCCCAGUCCGCUCCUGCCUGCACUGCAGCAUCACGAUGAGCCCGAUCCUUCCACAGAAGCUGCUGUGUGCUCGCUGCCAUGGUGAGACAGAGCAUCUGGACCCCGUUUCCAUGGUAACCCUGUAGCCCCACAAUACCAGUCUGUUGCCCUGGUCGUCACAGAAAAAGGCAUUGUAAAAAAAAAGAAGAGAGAACCAGGUGACUCGUUUUAAUUUGUUGCUAUGGCAAUGCCAGGACGCCCUGUUAAAUCAUAAGUUUGUUGCUAUGGUGACUCUGUAGCGAGCAACCGUUGCCAUGGGAACAACCAGGAUGUUCCGUAUCUUCAUAGUCCUGGGCUCGGCGUUCAUGAUUCUACUGAUCAUCAUCUACUGGGACGAUGUCGGAGCCUCACACUUCUACCUGCACACCCCAGUGUCACCUGGACCCAGAAUCCCCCACCCCCCUCCACGGCCAAAGGUCCCGACGACGUCCCGGACCCCGUCCUUCCUGAAUGACAUUGAUGCCUUUGUUAACCAGUUCCUAGAGCCGGGAACGGGGGAACCCACGGAUGUGGUCCCGGCUGACAGCAGCAACCAGUCGGAGAAGGAAGAGCGGUACGUUCCACGGAGGGAGUGGAAGAUUCACCUAACUCCCAUCGCAGCAGAGCUCCGGGAGAGACAGGAGCAGAGACGGAGGUUACUUCAGGAGGUCUGCGCUAACGAUUCCGUGGCGUUUCCUGGUAAAAAUCGCUCGUUUGAUGACAUCCCCAACAAGGAGCUGGAUCAUCUCAUCGUGGAUGACAGGCAUGGUGUGAUCUACUGCUACGUUCCCAAGGUGGCGUGCAGCAACUGGAAGCGCAUCAUGAUCGUUCUCAGCGAGAGCCUGCAGCAGGAGGGCGUUCCCCAGAGAGACCCCCUGGCUAUCCCCAGAGACCUGGUCCACAACAGCAGCAUGCACUUUACCUUCAACAAGUUCUGGAAGCGUUACGGCAAGUUCGCAAGACACCUCAUGAAGGUGAAGCUGAAGAAGUACACCAAGUUCCUUUUUGUCCGGGACCCCCUCGUGCGUCUCAUCUCUGCCUUCAGGAAUAAAUUUGAGAUGCGCAACGAGGACUUCUACCGGCGCUUUGCACAAGUUAUGUUGCGUCGCUAUGCCAACCAGCCGACCCCUCCUGCCUCUGUGGACGAGGCAUUUACGUCGGGCAUCCGGCCCAACUUCUCGCACUUCGUCCAGUACCUCCUGGACCCGCGGACAGAGAAGGACAUGCCCUUCAACGAGCACUGGAGACAGGUGUACCGACUCUGCCACCCGUGCCAAAUUCAGUACGACUUUGUGGGCCACUUGGAGACGGCGGAGGAGGAUGCUGAGCAUCUUCUUCGUCUGCUGCGUGUGGACAACGUGGUGGAAUUCCCCUCCUCACAGAGGAACCUGACAGCCAGCAGCUGGGAGUGGGAUUGGUUCAGCACGGUACCCGUGGAGGCUCGUAGAGAACUGUACAAACUCUACGAGCCCGACUUCAGUCUCUUCGGCUAUGAAAGGCCAGACUCCAUCCUCAGUGAGUGAUUCUCACCAGAGACGGGCCUUUGCACACCUGUUCCUGUCCUGUCUUUGUCAUGGUGAAUGUGCACAAAGAGUAAUGCUCUUAAUCAUCUAAAGAAGCACACAGACGAUGUGAAGUUAUUUAUUUUGGUCAUGAAGUCACGGACUUGCAUCCUGUCUGUAAGCAGGUGUUGGUCGGUGUGUGUCCCUUUCCCUGGCGAACCCCAACUUCCUGUUUUGAGCUCAUGGGUCCACACAGCUGGGACUCAACUCAAACAAUUGGUGUUAAAAAAAGCUUUCUGUUUGUCCGAGCACAGGAAGUAGAAGCAGACCGAUGAGGCGAUUUCAGCUUGUGGCCGAUUGGUUUAUUUUUAGCUCAUAAAUGUAAAAAUACACCAAAUUAAUACUCGUGCAAAUAGAAAUUCACCACAUUUUAGAGAAAAAAAGUGCUGUAAUAAAGUCUGACCAGUUUUUGGCAGCAACGGGAAAAAUGUUAAAACUUUAGUUAUUUCUGAAAGACCCACUCAGGAAACCGGUGGUGACCUACAGCCCAGUUCAUAUUCACACUGUUUUUCUUUUACGUCACUCUUAAAGACCAAGUUCACUCGUUAAACCCAACGCAUUUGCAGUGGUCUCUAGAAUAAAUAAACGUCUUGUGAUUCGAUCUCUGUGGGGAAAAGAGCUCUGGCGCUCCUGUUUUAGGAAGUCAACCGGGGGGGGGGGGGGGGGG